GUAGCAGCAAGGUACAAACUGGUUUCAAUUGUACUUUGUACUCUGUAUUUCCACCAGUAGAAUAUGCUUAGCAGAGCAUGAGGAAGCCACCAAAAUGACAGUGGGUGCUGUAUUGCUCUUAAGCUAGGAUGUAGGAUUCUGCAAAAUCAUCCAGGUCUGUGUAUGAAUUUCAUUGUAGUCAAACCCUGUACUUCAAGGCAUCCACUACCCACCAUCUGUAUUACUGUUUUCAACAUAUACAUGCCAUAGAAAAUCCAAAGUCGACGUAUGUUCGGGGCAUGAUUGCUUCACGCCCUGGUGUCUUAAAAACACAGUCUCCUAAUAGAUUACUGUCCCUUUAAAAAAAGGAAAAGGGAAAUAUGUCGCAACCAGAGCAACAGCAACAACAACCGACUGUGGUCGUGCAACCACAGCCAGGACAACCCGUCGUUGUGCAACAUCAGCAACAGAAUCUACCUAAUGCGUGCCGGGCCGCCAUACCGUCGAUGCAUAUGGCUAUGUCUGUCACCUGUCUCGUCAUCAACUGCAUCAUUCCAGGAAUAGGAACAAUCAUUGCUGGUUUUGGAGUAUUCUGUUGCGGUAACAAGGGCCAGUCUGGCGGUGGGAAGUUUGGCACGUUCUGCAUCAACUUCUGGGUCGGCCUCUUACAGUUGAUUCUAUCCCCUAUUGGGAUCGGUUAUGUCUGGGCAAUUAUGUGGGGAUCAAUCAUGAUAUAUCUAUCACUCGAAUAUCACAACCCAGGAUCAACAACCACCAGUGUGGUAUACCAACCUGCUGUCCCCAAUCAGACUGUGGUCGUCCCGCCACUGACAACUGGUGUGCAGCAGCAACCACUACAACCCCCACCACAACAAGGCUAUCCACCACAAUACCCACAACAACCUCCGCAAGAAAAGGGUUACCCACAGCAGCCUCCGCCUCAGUACCCGCAACAACCUCUCCCACAACAAGGUUACCCACAACAAAGUUACCCGCAACAAGCUCCACUACAUCAAGAUAGUACACCGCAACCAUCGGCUCUGUCAGAAAAAAAUGAAGAGGAGAAACAUUAAAGAAUAAAAACCCCAUGGACAACCGCUGCCGGAACGCUUGUAGGUUUUGGUCAACACCAAUAACUAUUCAAUGCGCUAUAGGAGAUUAAAAUAUUCAACAAGAAAUAUUUUUCACACAUUGGUAUGAUUUUGAAAUACACAUAUCAGCAAAUUUAUGUGUAACUUUGAUAUCGCAUAACACUGGUAUCAGGAUGAAAAGUAAAAUUUCAGGUUUGUAUCCAUUUGGUCUCCUAGCAGAUAGUCCAGUUCUAUUAUCUAACACCACCACGGCUACACACACUUGGUGUACUGUCAUUGUGGUCUAAUUAUACUUUGAUUUAGCCACCUCUUGGUCUAAUACUCUCUUGGUUUGACUGUCAAUUUGUAGGAUACCCAACUGUUUUUCAUUCGUCUACUUCCCACUAUUAUUCUGCACUUUGUCAACUCUGAAUAAGAAUAUGAUCCAUAAACAGUUCAUGUAAUUAUAGAGUAAGUGGAGUUGGAUCAAAUGGAGAUUAGACGUGAUGGGCAUAACCUAUAAAAUGAGACACAAUGGUAAAUGGACAGAAUAGACAAUUUGGGUGGAGAUGAACUUGGACUGGACCAAGUGAGACGAAAUCGAAACGGAAGUAGAUAAACUGGGUGAGUAGACCGAGACCAAGUGGUAAUUCACCGAAUUGAUUGAUAUGUUGUACAUUUAUCACAGCUUUGAUUCAUGAG